UAGCAUGGUCAAUCAAAAUGUCCGUUAUUCUUGGAACCCGUCCUUCUUCCACCAAUCUGUGAUCUCCUGUCUUCGGACCAGCGGAAAACGUAAUACACCAGUCUUCAAACCCAAAUUCAUAGUAUGCUACGUAGUUUGGAUUUAGAUCUUUCCUGUAGAUUUUGCGUAUUGGUCCGGUCAAUUUACGAUUACCAAUUUCGUCAGCAUACCUACACAAAAAAAUUUUAGUCGCUCGGUGAAACUUUAAUUUACGAUCCAUGAACAACAUUAUGUUUUUAUAGAGGAACAAGCAAUAACGAUUCGUAAACUGCAAAAACAGAAAAACUGUUCAAAGCUAUUUUAAAUACAGGUAUAUUGGCUUUAAUGGGUUAGGAAGCAUAAAAAUGUGAUAUCAUGAAAAUAGAAUUAUUAUUUUAUGUAUAUAAGAUAGAAGUCGACAAAAACCAAUGACUGUAAGAAAGAAUGGGAAAACUUUCAUAAAAUGACCUUUCCCUAUGCUUGCAAAGAGGAAAACAAGAAAGAAUCUGGACGCUCAUUAUAAAUUUGAACGAUAUGCAUUAUAAGUUUGAGUAAUAUAAUUAUACCCGAGUCAUCGGUGCGAAGGAUCGUCCCGAGCAUAAGCCAGGGGUGAGGGUACUAAUUCCGUACGGCUAUUUACACUCGAGGGAAGGGAAAGCAUUAGCGAAGUCUAAAGUUUAUCAAUAAUCGCAUAGUUCAAAACUGAAGAAUAUAAAAAGGUUCAAAUUUAAUUAGCUAAAAAGUGUUUUGUACACACCCCGGUAUCUCGAUAUGGUCGUUACUCGUUUCCUGUGUAUUUUGAUCUUUGAGGGAAUACCAAGUUUCUCACAACAAACGUUCGCGAUAGUUUUUGUAUCUGCGCGUAACGCUAGAUACUGCUGUCGAGUUGUGUGUGUGUGCGUAAUCCCAAAGCCAACGGCGCCGAGCGCCGUUGCGGGCGUAGGUCCGGAGCGAGGGUACUAAUUCCGCCCGGUUAUUUGCACCCGGGGAAACGAAAGCAUUGUGUUUUCGAAACUUGUAAAGUGAAAAGUGUUAUUAAAACUUUAUCUCGCACAUUAUAGUUUUACAUUUCAUUUUACCAAAUUUCUCAGCCAUUUCCUGAAAAAAUUAUUGCUAAACAGAAACCAUUUUUUAAGUCUGGUGAAGAAAUAAUUCUGAGCAGAAAUCGAUAAAAACAACUUUGUAAUAAAGCAAUAAAGUCACCUAAAAAGCUAUUUUGAAAGCCUGUGCGUACAAGAAACACUGCAACACUGUUAGGGACGGUAACCAUGAACAGGCCGAAAACAGUUUUAUUUCUGAAUUUUAAUUGAACUGAUAUUUGGAUAUUUUAUUUUAUUCAUUGAAAAUUUAUACUAAAACAAUUAUUCGCCUCAGGCUCAGUGAUUACGGUGAAUAUUCACCUCGACUUCGUCUAGGUGAAUAUUUACCGGUAAUCACUUCGCCUUCGGCGAAUAAUUGUUAUUUAUUAUAUAAAGUAUAGUGCUUUAUUGAGAUUUCGAGCUCUGAUAAAAGUGAUAAUCUCACAUGUGAAAAUGAUCGCUUUUCAAUUAUCGCUUUUCUGUAAAAAUUAUCUCUUUUAAGACUGCAUGUCCGUUAUACAAUAAACAGAAAAAUACAUGGGUGCUUGGAUAUACCAUUAUACCAGAUUUAUUUCUCGUGUUGAACAUGAUAUCUUACUCGUUCGCUGCGCUCACUUGUGAGAUAUCAUGUUCAACACUCGAAAUAAAUCUGGUAUUUCCGCGCACCCAUGUAUUAUUUUCUAUUUAUUUAACUUAUCUAUCUUUGAUUUACGCUUACAAAUGCCAGCGUUAGUUUUUAAACACCAAAUCAAUUAUGUAUAUUCCUAUGGGCACAGAAAUAAUACUGAUAUAGAAUGCGCACUUGCAUGAUUACGAAUUAAUUAUGUCUCCAUGCACUCUUACUCAUGCCCCUUAAUUUAAAAUCCGCCAUAUUGAAUUUGACUAGGAGUGAGAAAUACAAAGUAUAAACAAAGCUAAGUUUUCAUUACCCAAAUCUUUUGUCUUUCAGUUCGCUGGAAGCACAAAAGCAAAUGUAAGUGCUGCAUCAGUUGUGCGUUUACAAAAGUCGCGCAAGCCUUAUAAAAACAAAGUUAUAAACAUAAACGUUUUGCAUGGUCUGAGUUUCAUUGCAUGUUAGCCCGCGUGCAGGCCGGCCGAGGGAAGAAUAGUGGGCCUGCAAGGAAGCCCGGGUAUUUUGUACUUUCCGCGUUCGCCCACGAACGCAGCAUUCUGAUUGGCUGUUUGCUGUUGGAUUAUAUAAUUAGGUCAGUGAUUCAUCACAAAGGCUCUCACUAAGCUUGAAAUUAGAUCUGAUCACUUUUUUCGAUUAAAAAUGGGCCUGAACAAAAACAGACUGUUUAUUGUUUACUAAAGAAGAUAUGUUUUUGUUGUUAUGCCAAUGGGGAUUGCUUGUACAUGUCGUGAAGUGUUGGAAUAGCAACAUUUACCACUGGCAUGGGGUAAACUAUAGCAACCUUUACUUGAGUUUCAUUAAUUUCAAACAAACUUGAUACGUUAUAAGUUCUUCAAGAAAAUUAUCUUUUGGUUGAUGUUGACUCUGUUCUUGCACUGAAGAAAACUGCGCUUUUCGCGGUGAAGAUUUAGAGGCAGUUGCAUGUAAGUCUAUUGGAAACAUAUUGCGAUUUGCAGGGCUUUCCUGAGAGAGCGAAACAGAAGACGGUAAUUUCCGUUUAAAACGAAACGAUCUGGACUCUGAACGCUCUCUUCUUUUGUCGAGUUCUCUACCGAAUGAAAUAACUGAAAUAAGUUUCGUACUUUCCGCCGCCAACGAUAAUUGCACACACAAUCUGAUAAGUGAAACAAUUUAUUUAUAACAAUGGCGUCAGAAGCACAUUAAUGCUAAUAUGUCGAUCGCACGACUUUCUUCACGAUUUGAAGUUUGAGGCAGGUUUUCUGUUGAAAUUCGUACUAAUUUGCCUGUUCCGAUUUUAGUUGAAAAUGACCUCUUGCAAAUUUGACAAUUACUGCCUGCCUUACUUGCUUUAUUGGAGUUUAUAAAACACAGCCAUUCUAUUUUGAAUAUUAAAGAAGAGAAAACUCCGCAACAUUUUAAUGCGAGUUUGUUCACUAUUUGGGUUGCUGUCAUUGGUUCUUUUUUUGACAAUUGACGCCGAAUUGGGCGUGUUAUAAAGAGGGACGUUUUACAAAACACCUGGUCCUCCUUGCAGGCACACUAUUCCUUCCUCGGUGGGCUUGCACGUGGGCUGCAUUGCAUGUUUGUCUAUUUUGCUAAUAUCUAAUGAAAUUACAAAAUGAUGGUUCAUUCUUUAUUAGCUUUUGGGUUUUUUUCAAAUGUUUUCUUCAAAUGUCUUCUUCAAGUGUUUUCAUACUUUUUAACCGAAAAGUAUUUAGUUGUCGAAGAAUAUAUAAAUCACUUAAAAUAUUAAUCGUCGAAAACUGUCGUUUCAAAAUGUGUGCCUCAAGCAACACAGAAAAAUAUAAAGUUUUUGUGUAUAACAAGAUCAUUGAACUCCAUAUGUUGAGUAGAAAAGAGUUGAAAUAUUUUUAAAACAUGCCUAUUGAGUUGGUCUUGAUCUUUUGUGUUUUGUUUGGCUUUGGCAGCAACCAUGAAACUGUAUUUUUAGACAACUAUUUCUAUACUGUUAAGAACUUACUAUUUGUUUUCGUAUAGAAAAUCUGAAUGAAAUAGGUUUUUUGGAAAGUUUAUAUCCUUUACGAAACGUUAUUACACGUCUCGAUAUUAUUUUGUUUGGAAAUUUUUUGUACGUGAAAUUUUCUGCCGCAGGAGUCUGGGUAAGUCAAAAGGCCAUUUUGUGAAAACAAAAUUUUGACUGAGGAAAGAUAUAGGAGUACGCGCGCAUUCUGUAUCUAUUAUUUAUAUGCCUGUGGCUCUUAUUAUAUAUUAUAGAGAAGUAAAGUUAGGAAAAAAGUAACAUGCAUGCCCAUUGAAUAAAAUGUAUUUUAUGGCUUGGUCGGUAAUUAUUAUAUAGACACACAUUGAUAUAAAAUAAUACAUUAAUUCCUCUCUUACUACUACAUUCACGAGAAUGAUUGGAUGAAUUGAAAGUGUAAUCUUUUAAUUAUAUGAAGAAAUAAUAAUGAGUGCUUAUUAAGGUGGCUCGUUAUAGUUUUUUUUAAAAAUGGAAAAUUCACGAUUUGGAUCCGUAUUUUGUAGAAUUGUAGUAAUUAUUAUUUGUUGAAAAACAAAAAGUAUCUUAUUAUUGAUGUAAAAAAAACGUCCAAUAGAUUAUACAGAAUAUUUUCACAAAAGUAACGAAACUCUCGUUGCCAUGGCAACAAUGACGUUUCAAAAGCGGAUAUUAUGGCUUUUUAUAUAUUUUGGUAACUCUACUUUCAAAUUAUAUUAGUUUUAGUAAUAGAUAGUUUGUUGCUAUGCCGACAUACGUGUACGAAAUUCACUCCAAAAUGGUCUAUCGCCUCGUAUAGUUGGAAAAGAAGCAUGGUGAUCACCGAUUUUUUUCGUGCAUUAUUUUACUUGGACGAAAAGCUAACAUUUAGCAAAAUAUAAAAAUUCCGUAAUGCCAUUUUUUGGAAAAUGCGAAAGUGCCAUAUUCUUUGGUAAAAUUUUUUUUGCAUUACAAAUUUUUUAAUUUUUUGUCAGUAUAAUGAAUGUUUUUAGCGGUGUAAUACAUCAUUGACAGAAAUCGCUAUAGAACAGGCGCAAUGACGUGAUCGAAGUUCUUUUCAUUUUGUUAUCACUUUCCGCGACCUGUGCGUGACGCGUACGCGUCACCCGGUUUUGAGUUCGCGAUUCUUGAGCAGAGUUCUUGUGAUAACUAUAUCGAGCCACCUUAAAGUAAUUUAUAACUCGUAAACGAGAUCGGUGACCUCAAGUUUUAUUUCAUAAAAUGAUUUCUCAUACAUGUCCAAUACCUAUGCAAGAUGUCCGAUGGAAAAGUCAAAAGGCUUUUGGACAUUCCAUUUGUCAAAUGGAUCAAAUGGACCUCCAAUUUUCCAUUGGACUUUUGCGUGUCCAUUGGAUCUAAUGGACAAAUGGAAUGUUCAUUGGCCGGCAAUGGAUCAAUCGGAACUAUGCAUCAACCGGAUAAGAGACCAUGUGAAGGUUGGCAAUCGGAAUAAGAGCUUCCGCGUUUUUACCAUUACGUAAUUAACAGGUUGCAAGACCCCAUGUGGACAUGAUUAUGAAACCAGAGAGAUAUGUUCCAAUGGACCAAUUAUUGUCCAAUGGAAUUUUACCUGUCCAUUGGAUCCAAUGGACAAAAUACCCUGUCCAUUGGGAAAUUACCUGUCAAUUGGAUCCAAUGGAAAAAUAAUAUCAAAGUCAAUAGACAUUUCUUAUAUCAAUAAAUAUAGUAAUAUGUUGUUGCUUCGUUCUCAAGAGAACACGUAAAUAACACGGGAAUUGGGAGAUCCUUAUAUCAAUAAUAAAAUAUGUUGUUGCUUCGUUCUCAACAGACACGCUGAAUAUAUCCAGGGCGCUAUAAAACACGGGCGUGGAAAUGCGCUUAUUAUCGCGUGAUCUAUGUGUGAUGCGCCAGAGAACUGGCACUAGCGCGCGUUUUGAGAGAAAAACAAAAAGAAAAGGAAAAACAUGGCGGAAAAAAGAUUGUUGUGCGACUUUGAAAGCCAGUGCGAAAAUAGACGUAAGACCUUUUUUAAUGCGAGAUUUUUUUGAUUAAUUUUUAAAAGAAGCAUUAUUUUAUGCUAUUAUUAAACUUUUUAUGUAAGAAGCAUCCAACGUAUUUGAGAAAAUAAGUUAGUUUUUCAAUUAUUUUUAAGUGAGGGACACCAAAUUUUAUUACUUUACGCACGACAGCAGAGAUUAAAAUCAAUGCUGUCUGAACACUAGGUAGGCCUAGAUAAAUUUGAUAGCUUAAAAAUGUGUGGAGUUUCUCUGGCUUUAGUACACAAUAUAUACCAAGACCGGCUUUUACCGGCUUUUUUUGCUAUGCUUAAAUUUUGGCACUUACAUAAUUUUCUCGACAGCGCGUUAGAGCUAAAACAUAAAAAGCCUACAAAUCGCGGUCAAACUUAAAGUCAAUGUUAACAUUGCAACACAAUUUUUCAGUAAAUUAAAUUCUUAAAAAACUUUAGUUGAACAUAAUUGUUUUCAGAAUUUUUAACCGUGUCAGCAUAAUUUAACACUUUUCCCAAUAAGAAGUGUCUUUUUUAAUAAACCCAAUAAGAAGUGUCUUUUCAAAGCGAGCAAAAACUUUUCUUUAUAUACAUUGACUUUGACUUUGUUGACUUUAUUGACUUUAUUAAAAACGGUACUAUUUCACCAAGAUAUUUAUAAAAAUUAAGACGGGUGAUCUUCCAAUAGGCCGUAUAUAGCUAUACUAAUUACACAUAUACUACAGUAUCUAAUAAUAAUAACUAAAUUACACACAAAUUACACACUUACAGUUAGACUAUUUUUAAAUGUAGAGAUACUUGUUUUAGCUUUUAUGUCAGCAGACAGAUUAUUCCAAGUCUCAGCUCCUCGAUAGGCGAAAGACUUUUUCAUAAAAUUAGUUUUAGGUUUAGGUAAUGCAAAAUUGAAUUCGCUCUGUCUUGUAUUGUAAUUAUGUAUUUCAUUUGAGGUGAUGAAAAGUUCCGUUAAGCAAUUUGGUAACAUGUUAUGUUUGGCUUUGAACAUUAGGACGGCUAAAUGAUGUUUUCUUCUAGUCACGAGAUUUGGAAAACCGACCUUGUUCAAAACAUCGAUUGUACGUGUAUCAUAGUUUUCACGAGUUAUUAUUCGAAAUGCUCUAUUUUGAAGCUUCUGGAGUUUAUCAGAUAGUACUUUACCCAGACAACCCCAAAUCUGUGAGCAAUAGUCGAAAUGUGGUUGAAUUAUUGAUAAAUAAAUUUUGAUCAGUGUUUGGUAAUCUAGAAUGUCUCUCAAUCUUUUAAGGAUACUGAGACCUGAAUUAACCUUUUUUGUAAUUUGAUCAACUUGAGCAUUCCAUGAGAGUGUUUCGUCAAUCAUUAAGCCGAGUGAUUUGGUCGUUUUGACUCUAUUAAUUUCUCUGUCUUUUAUGAAUAUAUUAGGCGUCAUGCUAAUAUGAUUGACUCUUCUAUUACUACCUAUUAUCAUGUAUUCUGUCUUCGUUUUGUUUAAAGUUAGUUUAUUUGCCGACAACCAAACUGAAACGUUUUCUAGAUCUUGAUUAAGUUCCUCAGCAAUUGUAUUAACAUCAUAACCUGCCGUUUCAGUACAUUACAUUAAAGUUCUCAGUUUACUUUUUUCAUGCAUAGACAAAAAUGUCUUGUUAAUAUUUCAACAUAAUGUCUAGUUCAUGUAUAAACUAUAGCUGUUUACCACAAAAUUCACAGUUAGAAUGAUAUAUAGUACCAUAUAAUUUAUAAUUUUUACCAACAGAAAGUCGGCAUUUUUGUUAAAACAUGAUUUUUCGGUUUGGUAUUGACAUGGUCGUACAUGAAACAACUGUUAGCCAUUUAUUUAGUAUGCAGGAAGCGCGGAAAAAAUGUUUCGACUUGUAUCCCUUUUCCUAGGUGAAAAACAUUGCCUGAAAUUUUGCACAGUUAUUAAUAAAGUUAUGGAAAAUCGAUUUUUAUUAAAACGAAGACCGGCUUUUUUGUGAAAACACAAUUUUUCGGCUUGGUUUUGCCAUGGUCUCACUCGAAAGGACAAGGUUCAUGUAGCCAUGUUUGGCCAUGAAACUCAAACCGCGGAAAAAAAUAUUUUUAUUUAUAUCUUUUUUCCUAGGUGAAAAAAUUGGCCUAAAAAUUUGCACAGUUGUUGAUAAAGUUAUUGAAAAUCAAUUUUUAUUAAAAAGAAAACCGGCUUUUUUGUUAAAACAUAAUUUUUACCUGCAUGGUUUUGACCUGGUCUCACAUGAAACGACAAAGGCACUGUUAGCCAUUUUUACUCAUGAAACACGAAGCGCGGAAAAAAAUGUUUCGACUUGUUUCUUCUUUCUUAGGUGAAAAAGUUUGCCUGAAGUUUUGCACAGUUAUUAAUAAAGUUAUUGAAAAUCGAUUUUUAUUAUAAAGAAGACCGGCUUUUUUGUUAAAACACAGCUUUUUUGCUUGAUUGGCCAUGGUCUCACUCAAAAGGACAAGGUCAAUGUUGACAUGUUUGGCCAUGAAACUCAAACCGCGGAAAAAAUAUUUUUAUUCGUAUCUUUUUUCCUAGGUGAAAAACUUUGCCUAAAAAUUUGCACAGUUGUUGUCAAAGUUAUUUAAAAGUUAUUUUUCUUAAAAAGAAGACUGGCUAUUUUGUUAAAACAUGAUUUUUUUACCGGCACUGUCAGCGAUUUUUAUUCAUAAAACACUCAGCGAAUUUUAUUCAUGAAACACGAAGCGCGAAAAAAAUAUUUCGACUUGUACUUUUUUCAGUUCUCUAGGACGUUAAAAGAUAGUCCCAAGCUAUAGUCUCGUAGGAAAAACCGUAUCUUUAGAAAAAAUAUCCGUUUCAACCACUUUUUGUCUUUAAAAGUGCACUGACCUUUUCAGGCUGUUCUAGACAAACCACAUUUUCUUUACAAUCCUCCCUCUUGACUGUAGCAUAAACUUUAAGUAAAUAAACCUCUCAUUCCAUAUAGUUCAUCCCAGAGGUAAAUCGUUUUGGUGCUCAUUUGCAAAUGAGUUUCAACUAGGCCAUGUUUCUUAUUUUAACUCUAGCCGUGUCUUAUUUUUCAAAAUAUUCAAAUGUUGAUAUUCGAAUGAGAAUUUCCAAUAUUCGAAAACCUACGGGGGGUCCGCGCAUCACACAUAGAUCAGGGGCAUCGUUGCCGUUUCCACGCCCGUGUUUUAUAGCGCCCUGAUAUAUCACUAAAAUAUUAUGCAGUUUAGUUCGUUUAGUAAAUUUUACCAAUAUAAGCACUGAUGCCUUAUUUAUACUAAACAGUUGACAAACUUGAUUGAAUAUAGAGCAUUUCUACACAAUACUCUCGCUUAGUCUUCUGAUGCACUUGUACGUUCGGUUCUACUAGUUAAACAAGGAAAAUAUUUAAGAAACACUGGUAAAUUAUCGUUGUCAAAAAAUAUUAUAUUAUAGUUAUAUAUUGCGUGUCUAUUGAGCCAAAGGAACGACAGCAUAUCAUGCUUUGAUAUAUUACGUGAUUUCUUUAACAGCAUAUUAUAUUGAUAUAUUGCGUCCACAACAUAUUAUAUUAGACAGUGGCAAUUGAUACACCAGGCGGAAAUCUUAGUUUAAAGAUAAAGAGCAGAGCCCAGCAAAUAACUUUAAAACCAAACAUAAUAAAAGUAAAAUUUUAAUUAGCUAACGUUUCGUUGUUUACAAUACAACAUCUUCAGAGCAAUCUAAAUGAAUUUACAGGGUAUGGUAUAUAUAUUUACAAAAUAAUGGUUUAAUAUUACAAAAACGGUUACAUAGUUUGAAAGAACAAAAUUAAUGAGUAGAAAGAAAGGAAAACAACUUAUCAGUAACUGGUUAAUAAGUAAAGAUUAAUGUUAAGUGCAUGGUUAGUAUAGUUAAGGUUAAUAUUACAUAGGUAACUAAAAUAACUCAAGAGGGGUAGAUCUAAUAUUAGCAUUAAAGACAGGGUUAAGUUGAGAAAUUAAUAGGCUUUCACGGAUAAGAAGAUUCCACUCAGAAGUGCCUGAUGAUAGAAUUUUGAAAUCAGAAGCGGAGACUGAGUGUUUGUGCAUGUGUUUGUGAGCGAGUAUACUAGACAUGGUUGAGAUAGAGCGUUCUUUUCCAGUCAAAGACGAGACUCCCAUAUGCUCUGAGAUACGUGUGUGAAUGUGUCGGCGUGUUUGGCCAACAUACAAUGCGCUACAGCAUUGACACGUGAACUGAUACACAACACGUGAUCUCAGGGCAAUGGGAAUCCUGUCUUUCAAUGGAAAGAAACUAGAAAGGCGACAAGAGGGACGGAAAACAACACGUAUGGAAAUAUGUGGAUAAGCAGAAGCAAGAACUUUACUAAGUUGUGUACGGAUAUGUAGACCAUGAUGUCCAGUGAAAGGAAGGCAAAAGUAGACAAUUUUCUUGGAACAUGUAUGGACCUUGUUGUUAAUGCAACUAUCUAUAAGUGCUUUAGGAUAACCAUUGGAAGAAAUGGUAUUCAUAAAAUUUUCCAUUUCAGACUGGAAAGAUAUGUAAGAAGAACAAAUAUUGAAAUAUCGAGAUUUAAGAGAGAAGAGGAGACCUUUUUUGUACAUCACUGGAAUAAAGCUAUCAAAGUUUGUGAAUAAGCCAGUUGAAGUGCAUUUGUGAUGGACAGAGGUCGUGAAUGAGCCGUUUGAACGCAUUACAUUAACAUCAAGAAAAGGGAGUGAAGAAUUGUUUUCAAGCUCAUGUGUGAAUUGAAUAUUCGAAUGUUUGGAAUUGAGAUAAUAGAGGAAGGGAAGCACAUGAUCACGAGAUUGAAAAGUCAGAAAACAAUCAUCAACAUAACGACGAUAAAACAAAGGUUUAAAGUUAGAAGGGCAGUCAGCUAACCAAGAUUUUUCAUGGAGUAAUAGAAAGAUGUUAGCAAACAGUGGACCCAUGGUGAACCCAUUGCAACACCAUCUACCUGCUUGUAAAGAACACCAUCAAAUAAAAAAUGACAAUUCUUUACAGAUAAGUUAAGAAGUCGAGUGAAUUGAUCAACAGUGAAACCGUGAAAGCGUGGGGUAUUAUUGAAACACUUAUUAAUAAUUAUACUAAUAGUCUCAUCUAGUGGUAAAAAUGUUGGUAAAAAGUGACUUAACAUCAAAGCUAGCCAUUACAACAUUAUUAGUAUUAAUCGGCAGCUCACGUAAUUCUUUAACGAACAUAAAUGUAUCAGAAAUAGUGUAAGAAUUAGUGGAAAAAGAACGGAGAAGUGGUACAAGAAACUUAGCAAGUUUGUAAGCAUGAGUUCCAAUAGCAGAGAUAAUAGGCCUUAAUGGAAAAUUAGGUUUAUGAACUUUAGGUAAGCCAUAUAGAAUACCUGGCCGAGAGCCAAUGGGCGUAAGUUCAUCAUGCUGUUGUUCAGAUAUAAGUUCUUCAUUCUUGAGUUCAUUAAGGAGUUUACGAACUUUGUCUUCACGUUUUGUCUUCACUUUUCUUCCAAUGGUUAUCCUAAAGCACUUAUAGAUAGUUGCAUUAAGACAUUUCUUGACAGGAUUUAUAACACCAAGGACAAGGUCCAUACAUGUUCCAAGAAAAUUGUCUACUUUUGCCUUCCUUUCACUGGACAUCAUGGUCUACAUAUCCGUACACAACUUAGUAAAGUUCUUGCUUCUGCUUAUCCACAUAUUUCCAUACGUGUUGUUUUCCGUCCCUCUUGUCGCCUUUCUAGUUUCUUUCCAUUGAAAGACAGGAUUCCCAUUGCCCUGAGAUCACAUGUUGUGUAUCAGUUCACGUGUCAAUGCUGUAGCGCAUUGUAUGUUGGCCAAACACGCCGACACAUUCACACACGUAUCUCAGAGCAUAUGGGAGUCUCGCCUUUGACUGGAAAAGAACGCUCUAUCUCAACCAUGUCUAGUAUACUCGCUCACAAACACAUGCACAAACACCCAGUCUCCGCUUCUGAUUUCAAAAUUCUAUCAUCAGGCACUUCUGAGUGAGAUCUUCUUAUCCGUGAAAGCCUAUUAAUUUCUCAACUUGCUUGUGUCAAGAUUAUAAUAUUGUAUUGCUGUUCAAACGAGAUAUUCUAUACACUGGAAACGUAGAGUAGGCUACAUUUUACUUUGUCUUUGGCUUUGUCUCAAGCAAAACAAUUAUAAAGAUUAAACAGGCAUUCAAAAAUGUACAACAACCACGAACAUCUCGUAAUAUUUCUCCGAAUCUUCGGGAAAUCUUCAAGUUUCAAUGGAAAUCUGGCGCAUGCACAACAAAUUUCCCAGCUGUUGCAAAAUGCGUGUUUUUGAUGGCAAAUAUCCUCUGAAGUGGAAGCACCAAAGUCAACAUGGACGUCUAACUUGGAGCUCCACUAAAUUUUAACAUUUUUGUGUUAAAUCUUAUUAUUCUUGGCUCAAUUUUUACGCGAUCUGUUUCAAAGUUACUAAAAUUAGCGGCUAUUAAGCUUGUUUAUCCUUAAACAACCCUAAAUCCCUACAAAACACUAAAUUGGUUGAGAAAAUCAGACAAUUCGUCGAGUAAAUCCCAGUGAACUCUAAGGGAACUGGAACGAUAACUUGGCGGCCAUCUUUGAAGUCAAAUUGAAGGCCGCCAUGUACGUAUGGAGUGGAAAAUACGUCACCAAAAAGAUGUCUGUUUUUGACCACUAAAUAGCUGUAUUUCAACAAGGAACAAAGCUAAAAACUUUCAACAAUACCUGAAAUUUAAUAGAAAACAUGUUUCCAGAACGUAGAGCAGUUAUAAAGUUCUUUUUUCAGGAGUCAAAGUGCGAAAUUUUUUUCGGCACGUUCAAACUUGUGUAAUAUUUUGAAUAUCAUGAAGCUGUUGCCCAGGAAGUUUUUGCUGUUAGUGGAUGUAAACUACUUAGAACUAUCCAGGAAACCAGGUUUGAAUCUUUAAAGUUGAAGCCUUUUGAUAAAAAAGUACUUUUUCUUGCUGAUUUUUGCUCAAAAACAAACUUUUGACUGAAUUUCCCGCUUUUCGAAACUCUCCCCAGUCCUUUUGAAAGUUAAUUUAUUGCUGGCCGUGCUCGCGAGAAGCGCCAUUUUGGCUUCAGGCAAGUAUGGGCAUGUUUAUCUGCAGUUAGCGUUCCAGUGUUAUUACAGUUCACUGAUAAAUCCACGUGUAAAUCGAUAUCAGCCGAAAUGAAUCAGGAAAAUAAGCCCCAUUUACACGACCAAUUUUUAUGUUACAAUUUUUCAUAUUUUUAUGUGACAAAUGUAUUUGGUUGUGUAGAUGAGACAACAGAUAAUUGUUGAUUGCUGUUUAAAACAUAUCUAUGAACAACGGUAUCUCGCGCAACAAAACUACAAUUAUAUUUUUGCAAAUAUGGCGGGAGAAAAAUAUGACAUUUUAUGUGACAAGUAAUCUACACGAGCAAUUUUUCGUAUAUGACAACUCUUAUUUGUCACAUAAAAGCUAACACGCUAGUUUUUCAGCAACUGUAUUUGUCACACAAAAAUUGCCCAAUUUUCCUCGUCUACACGAGCAAUUAAAUAUUGUCACAUAAAAAUUAUCACAUAAAAAUUGGUCUUGUAAACGGGGCUUUUAAAGGAGGAAGUUUUAUACACAACUUGUGUCUUAAUAGCAAGGGGAAAAUAUAAUGGACAGGAUCAUUUGAUGAACUACAAGCUUUUGUAGAAGAAACGUUGAACUUAACGGGCGGGAAAUGGCGAUGCUAGGCUAUACCAAAAUCAAGCUUUUGUUUGGUCCGAAACCAAAACUUAAUAAAGUUAACACGUUUAGUAUCCUGCUCAAGGGACAGGAAAUUGAGCGUGUCGUAAAGUUUAAAUAUCUGGGAUCAUUUUUGAUCAAUGUAUGAUAUGGCGAGAGAACGCGGAAUUAGCUGGAGGGAAAGUAAUGAAACGAUUAGGAUCGUUAUCUCGAUGUCCACUGAAAUCUGAUGUAACUUCGCGUUUGAUUAAUGUAACCCAACACUCAAUGAUAUAGAGAGGAUUCAAGUCAUAAAUAAAUGCGAAAUCUUUCAGGUUUUCUGUUGCAAAUUUAAAUUUUAUCGCCCGAAACUAUAUAACACUCCUCUACCACUCCUCCCUAAGUACAAUAUCAAUUUAGCACCCAAAAUCUGGAAGCCACGUGACCAACUCCGACCAGGGUCUUUCCUCCACAAGAGGAAAGAGCCUGGAAACGAGGUUGGAACAUUCUUUCUGUUGGUUAGAAUUUUCCGCCAAAUUUCUCCUUUUAUCUAUUUUUUUAUAAAAUUUUAAUAUGUUCUGUUCUCCUGUAAAAAUUUUAACAUGUUCUGUUCCCAUUUUUCAGGAAAGAUCUGGAAAAAGUGCAGAAGUAUAAACAGUAUUCCAAUCUACUUAACCAGUUAAAAACUAAAUAAAAAAAUGAUCAUUAUAAUCAACAUUUUCAACUGUGCCAAAAUAACCUUAAAGAAACAUGGAAGCUUAUUGGCACUUUAAUUAAAAGGAAAACAAAAGGUCAACCUAAUUCUCCAACUAGACUUAUGAUAAAUAAUAAACUUUACACAAAGCCAAACGAUGUUGCUGAGCAGUUUAAUCAUCAUGUUAUAAAUGUAGGUACAAAUUUAGCUAGCCUGAUUGACAGCACAGACGAUGAUAGUGACCCACUUAAGUAUAUAAGUAAUAGCCCAACUGAUAGUUUUUUUUCUCACCAAUUGAUGAAAAUUACAUAGCAUAUAUUUUUUCUAAUCUGGACAUAAGGAAAGCUUCGUUAGAUAUUCCAAAUAAACUAAUAAAAUAUGCUAGCUUAGAAUUAUCGAAACCCUUCUCCUAUAUUUAUAAUCAAUCGAUUAUGCAAGGCGUUGUCCCCAACAUAUUAAAGGUCUCUAGGGUAACACCUGUGUAUAAGAAUGGCUUAACAACAGACCCAACAAAUUAUAGGCCUAUUGCAUUAUCGUCACCUUUCAGUAAAAUACUUGAAAAGAUUAUAGCGGAUCAGCUGACUUCAUUUAUUGAAAAGCAUGAAAUUUUAUUUCUAUAUCAGUUUGGCUUCAGGAAAGGAUAUUGUACGUAGAGUUGGCUAUUUUAGAGAUGAGUGAUAAUCUCAAAACCUCAAUUGAUAAUUAACUUAUUACAUGUAGCCUCUUUUUAGACUUCUCUAAGGCAUUUGAUACAGUCAACCAUAAUAUAUUACUAAAUAAAUUAAACAAAUAUGGAGUUCGUGGUGUAGUAUUGGAUUGGUUUAAAAUCUUCAAAAUACUGUAGGUUACAGUAUGUUAAAAUUGGAAAUAUAGAAUCUGAGCCUCUAAAUGUUGUAUGCGGAAUUCCUCAGGGAUCCACUUUAGGGCCACUAUUAUUUCUUUUAUAUGUUAAUAAUUUAUCUAAUUCGUCAACAAAGCUUUCUUUUCGCUUAUUUGCUGAUGAUGCUAAUAUAUUCUAUGCUAGUAAGAACCUUGAAGAAAUCGAAAAGUUAUGAAUGAGGAAUUCCAAAACAUUCUGAAUAUUCAUGUAAUGCUAAUAAAUUGUCUAUAAAUAUGCAAAAGACUAAUUUUAUGUUAAUUUGUUCUCCCCAAAAUUACUUCCUUCAAACAUAAAAAUAUUAAAUAUUGAGCGAAAAAAGUGCAUUAAAUACUUAGGUAUAUAUAUAGAUGAGCACUUGACUUGGAAAAGCCAAAUAACCCACGUAAAUAGCAAAAUAUCUAAAAAUUUAGAUAUAUUUUAUAAAUUACGUAAUUAUUUAAAUAUUCACAUGUUAAAACAAUUGUAUUAUACCCUUAUUUAUCCAUACUUAAGCUAUGGAUCUAUGAGUUGGGGUAGGGAUUACUCAAGUAAUUUAAAAAAACUAACUGCGAAAGAAAAUAAUUGUGUUCGUAGUAUCUUCUUUGUAAACAAUAGACAAUCUGCAUCACCUUAUUAUCGAUUACUUGAAAUAUUAAAAUUUGAAAAUAUUGUUAAGCAUGGAGGUGGGGUUGGUCUAUACAUCAACUCCUCUAUUGAUUUUAAACUUCGAUCUGACUUGGAAUUCUCUCACUCUACAUAUGAAUCUAUAUUUGCUGAAUUAGCCCAACCUCAUAGCAAAAACAUUAUAGUAGGAUGUAUAUAUAAACCACCUGAUGCUGAUAUUAACCAAUUCAAUGAAGAUAUCAACCAGGUUUUCAAUAAAAUAAGUUUUGAAAAUAAAUUAUGUUACAUAAUGGGUGACUUUAAUAUUAAUUUACUUAAUUCCAACUCUCACAAGCCCACUAAUGAUUUUGUUGACAUUCUUCUCCUUAAUAGUUGUACCCUACCAUAUCUAAACCUACUAGAAUAACUUAUCACUCAUCCACUUUGAUUGAUAACAUUAUCACUAAUAACUUAGAUCAUGAUAUGAUAAGUGGCAUUAUUUAUACGUACCGACCUUUCAGAUCAUUUACCCAUAUUCCUACUUAGUGAUCUAAAUAUAAUACCUAAACCUGAGCCAAAAACAUACACGACAAGACAAGUGACAUCUCACAGUCUUGAACAAUUUCAACGUAAACUGCAAAAUGUUAACUGGGAUGUUAUUAAUAAUGAUACAAUGACUACUAACCAACUAUAUACAUCAUUUAUGAAAACCUUUACCACACAAACUAGAAAAAAUACUAAGCCUUGGUUUACUAAUGGCUUAUAUAAUUCUUCCAUGAAAAAAGAUCGCCUAUAUAAAAAAUACCUUCAAAAUCCUGACAUUUCCAAUAAGACAACUUAUACGAAUUAUCGUAAUAAGUACAAUUACCUUGUCAAACUCGCCAGGAAAAGUUAUUAUCACAAUAAACUUUUGAACCAUAAAUCAGAUUUACGAGCAACAUGGUCUAUUAUUAGAUCUGUUAUUGGUAGUAAACAAAAGGAUAGGAUACCUUCAACUAUGAAAAAUGGUAGUGGAACUUACAGUAAUCCACAUUCAAUUGCUAAUAAAUUUAACGAUUUCUUUAUAAAUGUUGGGACCUCUCUUUCAAAUAAUUUUACAGACAUAUCAGACAAUAAUCAUAGGGAUUAUUUGUUGGGCUCGUUUAAUGAGUCAAUAUUCCUCACCCCAACUUCCCCUUCUGAAAUUAUAACUAUCACUAAUUCGUUGAAAAAUAGUUACAGUGAAGGGGUAGACGGUAUUGGAACGCCUAUUAUUAAAACGAGUAUUCACAUACUUGCAGUACCAUUGUGUUACAUAUUCAACUCUUCAAUGGCCAAUGGUAGUGUACCCAACCAGCUAAAAAUUGCUAAGGUUUUGCCUAUUUACAAAAGCAAUGAUUGUCAUAAUUUUUCCAACUUUAGACCGAUUUCUAUUCUUCCUUGUUUCUCAAAAAUACUUGAAAAGGUGAUGUAUAAGAGAUUCAUGGAUUUCCUAUAUAAGUUUCAAAUUAUAAACCACCACCAAUAUGGCUUUAGAAAAAAUCAUUCUACGUUCAUGGCUAUACUCGAACUGGUAAACGGAAUAUAUCAUGGUUUUGAAAAUAAUAAGCUAACUGUUGGCGUGUUUCUAGAUCUUAAAAAGGCUUUUGAUACUGUCAACCAUGACAUCCUAAUUGACAAAAUGUCUUUUUAUGGUUUUCGUGGUAAUGCUCUUUCAUGGAUUAAAAGUUACCUUAGUCAAAGAUCUCAAUAUGUUGAAAUUAACAAUGUUCAAUCUUCACCUAAAAUUAUUAAAUGCGGAGUUCCCCAAGGUUCGGUUCUUGGACCAUUACUUUUUCUUGUGUUUAUAAAUGAUAUAUUUAAUACAUCCAACUGCUUAUCUUUUAUACUAUUCGCAGAUGACACAAAUAUAUUUUAUAGUGACAAUAACAUAACGUCCCUCAUUAACACACUCAACCAUGAACUUGUUAAAGUUGCUUCUUGGCUUAGAGCAAAUAAACUUACGUUGCAUCCAGAUAAAACCAAGUUUAUACUCUUUCAUCCCAGCAGGAAAAAAAACAUCGACCCACAGGAUGAGAUAAAAAUUAAUGGACAUCUAAUAGAAAGGGUUAGCCAAACCAUAUUUUUGGGAAUUACUAUCCAGGAAAAUUUGUCCUGGAUCCCACAUAUACAAUUAAUCACUACAAAAUUUCCAAAAACACUGGAAUAAUUGCAAAAUCUCGUCAUUCUCUUGAUAGAUCAACACUCUCAGUACUAUACAAUUCUUUAAUCUUGCCUUAUUUACAGUACUGCACUAUUAUCUGGGGAUCAUCUUACACAACACAUCUUCAUCCUUUACUUCGAUGUCAAAAAAAAAAUCAUGAGAAUUAUUACACAUUCUCCCCCUCUCACUCCUUCCAAACCGCUCUUUAAGGAAUUAAAUAUCCUCACUGUCUUUCAGAUUUAUGAAUUUCAACUUUCGUGUUUUAUUUUUAGACACGUUAACAAUCUCCUUCCUUCAUCCUUGCUUAUUUGAGUUGAAUUAUAACAUCCAUGAUCAUUUUACAAGGCAUAGACAGGAUUUGCAUAUCAUUUCCAAAUAAAUAUUCUUUUUCCAUUCGUGCGCAAGGCCCGAAAAAUUGGAAUUCUAUCCCUCUUUUAAUUCGGCAAUCAUUGACAACUCAAAAUUUUAGACGUAUUCUAAAGAACUACUACUUAACUUCUCAGAAUGGUUGACAUGUGCAUGUGGAAUGGCUCUGGGAUAAAAAGAAGGACUGAAAUUUGGCUGUAUAUAUGCUGCAUAUACUGCUUUCCAUAAAGCAUGAAUUAUCUAUACUAAUUUAAAAGCUUUUUCCGGUUGGGUUUUUUCUUUUUUUAUUAUAUACUCAGUUGGAAUAAUUCAUACUUAAUUCUCUGUACUGACCACGAGCUAUACUCUUAAAUAGUUUUGCCAAAUAAGCCUAUGGCUUCGGCUUUACCAAUAUAGUGUAACAAUUUGUGUGAAAAUAAAUUAUUAUUAUUAUUAUUAAGGCGUUUUCCCGCCUUUUUAACAAUAUGGUUCACACGCUCGUUCCAUUUCAAAUCAUCUUGAAUUGAAAGACCAAGAAUUCGGGCAGAUUUUAUCCGCUCAAUACCAACGUUAUUUAUAGUUAACGGUAAGAACUCAUGUUUUUCUCUUGCAAAGUCAAUUACCAUUUCCUUACAUUUGCCGAUGUUGAGCUUCAUAUUAUUAACUUCACACCAAUUAUAGAUAACAAUUACUAAAUCUUGUAGUUCACUACUCUCAGUUGAUGUAACUCGUUCAGCAAACGUACUGUCAUCAACAUACUUCCAUCUAUCGCUCCAAUCAAUAAGAAGAUCAUUUAUCAUAACAAGGAACAAAGCCGGCCCUAACACCGACCCUUGCGGCACUCCACCGUUUAACGUUUGCAAGUCCAAAUGACAGUUAGCCAACUUGACUCGUUGUUUACCAUCAGAGAGAAAACUUCUAAUCCAAUUAAUAAUGGUUUGGGAAACAACAAUUUGUUGUAGCUUAUUCACCAGUAUGUUGUGAUCUAUUCGAUCAAAAGCUUUUUCAAAAUCAAGCAGGAAUACUCUCACCGCAUUGCUUGAAGCAUCUGUAGCACCCAGGAGGUGAUGGGUCAGGCUCAGUAGGGCAUGAGUAGCCGAGAAAUUUUUAACGGAGCCAAACUGCCGCGUAUCAAUCUUUGCACCAAUUGACUUAAGUAACCAGUCUGUAACAAACCGUUCGCAAAUUUUAGAUAAAGUGGUGGUAAGUGAGAUAGGGCGCAAAUCUUUAGAAAUGUCUUUAGGGACUGAUUUUUUUUGGAACAGGGAUAACGUUCACUUUUUUCCACAUUGAGGGUACAACAGCUUCUUGAAUCGAAGCGUUGAAAAUCGAUGCCACAGGGGAAGAAAGAACAUAUGCAUAAGAUUUAAGCACCCAAUUAGGUAUUCCGUCAGGACCAGGUGUUUUGGAAACGGGGAUGGCGGAAAAUUUACAGUAUACAUCUUUUUCGUCGAUAAUAAACUGUGGAAGGAUACUUGUACUGCCAUUUUCAAUUAGGUCAUCAACUGGAGACUUAUUCAAGGGGGGAAUAUCUUGGGUAGAUGAGACAAAAACAUCAUUGAUUUUAUCUGCUAACUCUUUACCAGCAAAAACCUGGUUGUUUACAAUGAAAUUAGAGAAUGUUUUGUUCUUGGCGAAACCCGCAAGCUGUUUUAUACAUUGCCACCAUUUUUUAGCAUUGGGGUUUAGUUUUAACUCAUCCAUCUUUUUCUUAAGGAAGGUUGACUUGAGUCUCUUACUUUCUCUAUUGGCAAGAUUUCUCAAUCUACGAUAUAGCAAACUUUUGCCCUGACGGAACGCUCUUUGUCUUUUUUCUAUAAUUUUCUUAAAUUCGACUGUAACCCAAGGUUUAUCAUGAUCGUGCAACUUUACAAUUUUACUAGGGAAAAAACAGUCCAAACCAGUAUUUAUAUCUGUUUGAAAAAAAUCUAACUUUUGUUCACAUGAUUCAGCGCGGUACAAGUUGUUCCAGUUUAUAUCAGCUAGCCACUUACCGAAUGCUCUCCUGUCAUAAUUGCUACCUUGUCUAGUUUUCACUUUCGAGGUACCAUAUUUAGCUGUAUUUUUAUUAAAGGACCACAGUACGGAGUUAUGGUCACUUUGGCCAAAAGGGGGUAAUAACACCGGAGAGUUACAGCAGGAAGACAUAUUUGUCAAAAUUAAGUCCAAUGUGGAAUUUCCUCUUGUGGGUUCUUUAACUAUCUGUUUCAAAGUAAAAUGACGUAGUAAGGAGGAAAUUGGGCAUUUAUUAAAGUCUCCAAUGAGAAAAAUACCAGCGUUGGGGUACAAUACAAGAGCAGCGUCAAGUUUAGAUGUUAGGUGAUCGAUUAAGGCACAGUUAUCAUUGGAGGGAGGGUGAUAGACCACACAGAUAAUCAGGCAGGAAAAGCCACGGAAAAGUUUAUUUGGUCUCAAGUAAAGCCAAAGUGAUUCAAAACUGUCUUCAUGCAAAUCUGUUAAGAUUUUAAAACGAAUCUGGUCUUUAAUAUAAACACAAACGCCACCCCCGAUUCUAGAAAUUCUAUCACGCCGAACUAAGGAAAAGCCACUAAUUUCAACGGCACCGUCAUCAACAUUUUCAUUUAGCCAUGUCUCAGUUAUAAAGGCCAACCCAACCUCAUUCAUAUGCAAAAUAGUUUUCAGUUCAUCAAUCUUAGGUAAAAGUGAUCGAGAGUUCGCUAGAAAGAAAGUUAAUAACUUUCGCGGAAGGCGAAGGGAAACGGUGGUUGGACAGGGAUGUCCAUUAAGGUUUUCGGGCAAUGUUGAAAAAACCGAGCAAAUUGGGAGUAACUUUGAGGACUUCGGUUGACACUCAUUCCGUGUGUUCUUAAAUGUGGGACCAUAGGAGGACGAUGGUAAGGAUGGUAAGAGAAAAAAGGGGGGUUGGGAUGGUUAUUAACAGGCCGUGAUGCCGUUACAGUCAUACAGGAUUAAGAAUAAAUUAGUGCUGCAGGCUAUAAAUCAGGUAUUUAAUAAUUUAGAUAUUCAAUUAGUGUAAUUUUCAAAUAACUGUUAAUUAAGCAUAAAAAUAUCUUUCUGUAAAAAUGUAGAUUCUCAUAAAAUUUCUGAAUAAGUCACAUCUUUGUUUUACUUUUCCGGGUUGAAAGAUCUGAACACGUAAUUAAUGCAUCUAUGCAUGAUUUCUGUAUGAAAACUUGAUUUCGCUGGAGAGGUAUGAGGUGCCCUCUAGUUUAAUCCUAUUUUAAUACUUAUAUUUUGUUUUGCUUCGUAGUAUUUUAAUACCAAUCCAAGAACGUUCAGGCGAUAGACGGUUUAUAAAUCUUAUUCCAAUGUUGCUUACCCCAACCAAUAACAUAGAAUCCCUUCAGAUGUUUUCCUCCCAAACCCAGUCCUGAGAAGACUUUCACGAGUUGAAGGUAAAUGAUAAUUCCUUCACAUAGCAUCCAUCCAAAAAGAGCGAGUACAAAGAAAUAUAAUAGAAUGGAAACAGCUAUACAGAAUGUCUAGAAAGGAAAGAAACAAAACAAAUUAUGUUUUCUUUUUCUAUGGAGAAAAAAAACGAAAAAAAAAACAAGAGAAUAAAGCGUUGAUGCUGCCUGGCAGUUUUUAGUGAUUAUUGUCUUGCAAACAUUAUUUUGCUAGUUUUCAACCUUGGACAUGUCACAACCAACAUUUGCUAUGCAUGAGCUAUAUACUUAGAUGACAUAAUUUAUUCAACCGCCUGAAAAAGGUUUCUUGCAAAUGUUUCCUGUUCUUUUGCCAUAGGCGCACAAGACAGAGGAGCGAAGUGGCAACCCCACCCCCAAAAAAUAUUGAAAAAAUUCGGGCACAUGCUAGGAAAAAUGAAGAAAAUUCGGGUACAUGUAUUACAAAAUAUGUUACAUUCACGUAAUUUCACUACAAUAUUCCACAAAACUUUCAAGUGCUCCCCCGGAAAGUAUCAGGCCCGUAUGCUUACGGUUUUCUCUGAGCUUCACCUUGUAUUUUAGUGCGGGUCCGGCCAAGAUAGCAAAGAUAUCUGUCAUUCCAAUCACAACACAGAGAUGCAUUAGCACUUGGGAAGGUACCUUACUCUUGGAGUUUCUAUGAAGUCUUUUCCAAAACAAUGCGUAUAUCAAUAUCGUCAGAAUUACUCCAACUAGCGACACAGAACAGCCAAUGGUGGAUAUUAUCUCCAAAGCUUUUCUUUCAUCUUUGCUUAGCUUGAGGAAAUAAAUACAGUAUAGAAUAGAAAACAGCAUCAAGUACAGUAGAACAGGGCCUUUUUUAAAGAUUUUCCCGUGUGGAGGAUGGGAGGGGAGGGGGGGUUGAAAGGGACCUUUUUGUGAGAUAAUAUAUUAGAGGGGCAUAGCAAUGGCUGAAGGCCACAUGUGGGGCCGACAUACCACGCAUGAAUCACUAGGGGUGUCGGGGGGGGGGGCAUACUCCGCAAGAAAACUUUUGAAAUUAAAUUUGAAGCCUGGAAAUACCAUUUCCUGCAUUCUGAGCAUCCAAAUUUGCUCUAAUUAAAAAAAUAUUAACAAUAAUUUAUCAUUACUUAGGGGUAGAAAAACGUAACAAUUUAAAUCGCUUUGUUUGUAUAAAUUUAGGAAAAAGGGACUUUUCCUGUUUGAGGGGAUGUGAUUUCGUGGGAGAGGGGGGCACAAGGGGCACUGAUGGGGCAUUUGCUGUACUAAUUUGCUUGUAUGUUAUAAAAGGCCCUGCAGUAGAACUCAAAUAUCUCGAACAGCCAAGCCCAAAGGAAACAGAAAAAAGUACGAGUUUUGAAACCUGCUUUACAAUGUUCGCAGAGUACAAGAAAGCAGAGUAUACUCGAAACCUCUCAUAAAGUAAUGUGCGAUAAUAUCCAUCUCGGUCAACAUAUUUCCACAGUUUGCGGGACAAUUGAAAAGCAUCAGAUCAUCAGAUCCGCAAUUUUGGCACUUGAAAUUCAUUAUUUGACGUUAAUUCAAAGCUUUUUUUACAUUCUUAUUCGUUAAAUCGACUUUCCACGGCUUAUAAGAUGGCGGAGUAAAAAAAUAUCAGUGGCGGUCAUGCCACUUUCCCGCGCAAGUUGUGUAUCGUGAAUUGAGUUUUGUGUAGUAAAAUUGAGUUUUGUGUAGUGAAAUUGAGUUUUGUGUAGUAAAAUUGAGUUUUGUGUAGCGAAAUUGAGUUUUGUGCGGUGGAUUGGGGUGGAAUUAUGGUUUGUGUAGUGGAAUUAAGUUUUGUGUAGUGGAAUUAAGUUUUGUGUAGUUAAAUAAUGGUUUGUGUAGUGGAAUUAAGUUUUGUGUAGUUAAAUAAUGGUUUGUGUAGUGGAGUUAAGUUUUGUGUAGUGAAAUUAAGUUUUGUGUAGUGAAAUUAAGUUUUGCAGUGUAGUGGAAUUAAGUUUUGUGUAGUGGACUUGAGUUUUGUGCAGUGAAAUUGAGUUUUGUGUAGUGAAAUUGAGUUUUGUUUAUCGUGAAUUGAGUAUUGUGUAGUGGAAUUUUGUUUUGUGCAUUGCACUUGUGGGCUACCUUAAUAACACCAUUGGCGCUUUCCAUUUUAACACGGCCAGACCGGUCAAAUUGUUGAAUGGAACACAAAGCGCUUGGGCUACGGACCUUCUAACGGGAAAAUUUAGAUAGAUUUAGAGAGCAGUCAUUAUUAAUACCGGGGGGGGGGCGGAAGAUGUUUGGGGGGGGCACCAAAAAUGUAUUAACCAUUUAGGGGGGCUACCAAAAAUAUCAAGGAAAGGUAGGGGGGCACCAACAAAAAUGUACAAUAAUCACAAAACAUCAGCAAUUAUUCACUGUAAUAUAAAUGUCAAUGCUAUAUAAGUAUAGGGAAUGGUCAUUAUUUAUGGGGUGGUAGGGGGUGGAUAAUUGAAGGAGGAGGUUACAAAAUUUCGUAAGUCGCUGAAGGAGGGGUUAUCUGAUCUUGACUUGAAGAAGGAGGGGUUACUAGAAAAUAGUCUUAAAGCAGUUUUGAUAAAUAACUAAAUUAACAACAAAACAAAAUAAUUGAUAUAUGGACAAACUUAAAAAAUCGAAAUAAUUAAUACACGUUUGUAGAUGAUGAAUAUAUUGUGUUAUCACAUGCCAAGCUGUAAAAUAAACAACUUUAGUCUCACCCUUAUAUCAAAUUAAUAAAAGUCUAGUGCUCUAAACUAAUAAUGUUGGUCUUAUUUUUGAAGUACAAGGUCAAUACAGGGUUCGAAAUAACGUUCUGAAAAUAUGUCAAAUUUUGUAGGCUGCUUUUUGUAGGUGAAAAUUUUUGCCGGCUGUUUUCCAAGCAAUGUUUAGUUAUGUUCUCGGAGUGGGCAUAGGCCAAAUAAUAGUGAUGUAAACCAACACAACAUUUGUAAGAACACAGCAAACAUUUUAUUUGGUGUAGGAACAAACAUUAAGAAGUUCUGUGUGAAUCAGUUAAAAACAAUAAGAAAAUAUUGUUUUUUAUACAAAAAGUUUAAGAUCGGUUCUAUUAAGCUAGGUAAGUUAAUGAUCUAGCUAUAUUAAUGAAUUUAUAAAUGACUAAAAAUCCGUCACUGUUUACAAAAUCUGGUCCUCAGUUCAUGUUGGAUUCCUCUCACUAUAGACAUUACAGUCAAUGUCAUGAUAAUCUUUAACUGGAAAAUACAUGCAUGCAGAAGCCCCAUUGUAUUUUCCGAACAUGAAGUAUUUAAAGUAGUUGUCAGGUAACACGACAAUUUUUUAAGAAUAUUUUUAUAAAUGAAAAAUCCCCUAAGUAUAUCACUUUUAAUUACAAAAUUUUCAAUUCCCCAAACAUAUAUAUGUUAAGUAUGUUAUUAUACGUAAUAUAUAUAAGUUUCAAUUUAAGGUAAAAUUCAACCUCAAAAGCUUCACAAGACGUUUUAAAAUGUUCUUUAUAAAACUAUAAAACUGCCUUUAAAGGCUGUAUCAAACUGAACUUUGAGUUUGAAAUAAAAUGAUUUCAAAUUCUCACAUUCAAACAACAUUUAAUAUAAUAAAAAAGGGUAAUCAAUAAAGAAACACUGAAAUUUUUAGUCUUUUUCAUUUAAAAUAUCGAUUUAAAAUAAACUGUCAGCUUCAAAGCCGUUAUAAAGCGAACAAUACAUCAAUAUUUAAAACAAAUCUACGUUCGUUAACGUCGGUGCCUCUACUCCCUUCUUUUAGCAAUUCUUUCGCCUUUAUUUUCUUAAGAGGCUUUUGAAAUUGACAAAAUCUUGCAAAAAUGAAAUAUAUUUGCAAGAAAUCAUCAUUCAUUAAUCAUCAAAUCUGAAAAAUCAAGAAAUGUUUGCUAUUUCGCUGUUCGUCAUGCAGUCGUUAUAAUGCAAACUUUAAAUUUGACCAAUUAGUGUCCGCUAUUCAUGACAGUCCGCCAUAUUUUUGAGAUCAGUGAGGAUGACCACCCACCGAAACUUUGUUGGUGACCCACGCCCGCGAUCAUUGAUGAACUUUAGACUUCGCUAAUGCUUUCUUUUCCCCGGGUGUAGAUAGCCGGACGGAAUUAGUACCCUCGCCCCGGACUUACGCCCGGAACGUUGCUCCGCGCCGUUGGCUCGGAAAACAUACAACAGUUAAUUAUAUGUACGUAUUAUUGCAAGCGAGUCAUCAGUGAAUAAAUAUUUUCGCCAAUCCCCCAUGCUUUGAAAUUAAAAAUCGCUGGCGACGUUUUAAAACUGCUGGCAGCUAUUUCGAACCCUGCAAUGGAAGAAUUUUUGUUUCAAAUUGCAAUGUAAAAACCCAACGUUUAUUUUGUUUUUAAUUUAUAUAUAUAAAAGUUUAGCUUGUGCCUAAAAAAAUAUCCACCCCCUUCCAAACCAAUAAAUAAUAGCCACUCCCUCACAAGAGAAGGAGUGCAAUUAAUGAUUAACAUUACGAUUGAUAUUACGAGUGAAAUUGCACAAGCCACCGGGGCGAGUGCAAUUUGGCACAUCUUUCAAAUAUCACGAGUAGUAUUAAUCAUUAAUUGCAUGACUAUUAUUUAUUGCAGGAUUAUUUAUUUUAUGCAUGACAAAAUUGCAUUCUUUAAAAUUUAACUUUUAAUUCUUUUGUAAGCAAUUUGGCAUGAACAAACUUGGAAAAUGAUCAUAAACUCAUGAAGGCACAUAACUUAAACUAGAACAAAUGAUUCAAACUCAAAUAACAUUUUAGAGUAAGAAUUACAGACUUACAUAGUCACCUUUCGCUGCAUCUCACCGAGAUUAUUUCUUAAAACUAUAUACUUAGUACCACUGAGUACAAAGCAUCGGAAAAUAUUGGUCCAACAAAAGAGGAAUAAAAGGAGAACACACACUGUCGAACAGGCAAGUCAAUUUCAUUUUAAAAUUUAUAUUUUAUGACAUGUUUUUACUAUAAUAUACCUUACUAAAAAUCUAUGCUGACCCUCGCGAGAUUGGGCCGCCUGUGAUCAAUAGUAUAUGUUUAGAACGCAAGUUCAAUCACGGAGGGAAGAGGGGGGGGGGGGUGGCUAUGAAAAUUUAUUGAGAUGGAAUGAGAUGGAUGAUGGAUGAAAUCAGAAGCAAAAUAGACCCCAAGCAGUUCGGCAAUCUAAAGGGUUUAUCUGCAAGUUUUUGUUUGAACACGUUCUACUAUAGGGUCCAAUAUUCUAUUUACCCCAAAAUGGUGCCAAUUUUCGUAUUUUUAAACAAAUUUGUCCAAAACUGAAAAAAAUUGGUGCUUAAAAACACCUUUUUUGCAAAAAAAAGAAUGCAAAUUUUCUUCUCUUGCUAAAACAAUCAAAUUUACCUAAAAUAAACAACACAUUUUAUAGACUGUUCUGAAAAGGAUCAAAUAAUGCAAAAGUAGCAUGACAGCUAACAGUGAAAAUAUGUUGGUUUAACCAAAGGCAUCUCUGAUCAAUUUAUAUUUGGAAACUAUAUCAAUGUUUCGUCGAUUUAUCGACACCAUGUGAAUGUUUCAGUUUAUCGAGACCAUGUGAAAUGUGAAUGUGUCGAGUUAUCGAGACCAAGUCAAUGUUUCGAUUUAUCGAGACCAUGUGAAUGUUUCGAUUUAUCGAGACCAUGUGAAUAUUUCGAUUUAUCGAGACCAAGUCAAUAUUUCGAUUUAUCGAGACUAUGCCAAUGUUUCGAUUUAUCGAGACCAUGUCAAUGUUUCGAUUUAUCGAAACCAUCUUAGUGACAUCUAACAUAACCUAAAUCAACACAUUUUAGCUAAAAAUAAUAUUCUAUUCAAUUUAGCAUUAUACACAUACAUAAAUAGAAAAUAUGUAAAGCACAAUGUAUUUAGGUGAAAACUAUUAUGCUCAAUAUCAAAAUGAUAUAUAUUAAAAUAAAUUCACAAAUAAACUAUUAAGAAGACUCAACCCCUUAAUGAAAUAUAACCUUAGUAGUAUAGAAUGGCGGGUUCUAGCUCACCAGGCUAACGUGCGCACUGCGCACCCCAUCUGCGCAGAUUUUGGAUCACGUGAUCUAUGACGUCACUUCCGGUGCACCAUGCCCAAACUUGCCCGGAACUAUGACGUCACUUCCGGUUUAUAGGAUCACGUGAUCUAUGACGUCACUUCCUGUUUCCCCGCAUUCAGCCUUGCCCAAACUUGCCCGUAACUAUGCCGCAACCCCCCCGCCCCUGCCGCACCACGCUUUGGGUAGUCUUGCCGCGACCUUACAUAGGUCUACCCGGAGUCCUGCCAGGGUCUACCCAAAGUCUGCCCGGAGUCUCUCCUAAGUCUACCCGUGGCCUCCCAAAGUCUACCCAAAGCCUUCCCAAAGUCUACCCAAAGUCUACCCAAAGUCUUGCCAGAGUCUACCCUAAGUCUACCCAAAGUCUCCCCAAACCCUCCCCACCGCGCGGUUGAAAUAAAAGUGCUGAGUCAGCAGUUUCUGAAAAAAUUUUACUUUUUGGUAUAUAAUAAAAAGGAUCCUGUCCCUUCAGUUCCCGGAUCCUGGAACAAGUUGUCAUUCUUAUUUUUUAAACCCUUUGGGUUUGAAAAAGCUGGGUCAGCAGUUUUUGAAAAAAAUAAAUUUUUUUUCUAUAUAAUAAAAGAAUGACAACUAAAAGUACGCCAGGGAUUACUGAAAGGUUGAGGGGAUGGUACAACUGGCUAACAACCCACGUACCAUCAUCCAUCAGGAAAGGCGUGUCCGACGCUUUUAACACCAUGAGGAAAAAGGUCGUAAGACUAUACGGCGGUAAAGAGGAAGAAGAAGGCCAGUGGUAUGAUGCAAGGGAAAACUUUAGUGAUGAGGAUGAAGAGUGGUACGACGUCAAUCCGGAAGAGGACCUAAAGCCCAUCCUAACCAAGCAUGGUAUAAAGGAUAAGGUAAGGAAGUAUGUCAUCAAUCCUAACGGAUUGUACGACCCGGUCCACUUUCUUGACAUCACAAGGGACGAGGUUGAGGCGCUCAUAAAUUCUGAAACACGAUCUAGGAACGUGAGCAUGUCCUUAACAUGUGAUAUGGUAAAUAACAAUUCGAAAACUAAGGAAGAAGAAUUCCGUGUCGCACACUUCAGAUCGAAAACCCACAAACUCGUCGGUACGGACAACACGGAAGAGUCCUUUAACACCAUGAAGGAAAAAAUAUUAAGAUCCUUUUCCGAAUACCAGAAGAAUGGUAGUGGGUGGAGACUUCGGAGGGUAGAUUUGCUCGAAAUUCAUAUCGGAAAAUACCAACCGUUAAGGGGAAAGGGUUACGUACCAUUAUCCGAGACGAUCAGGAAGAAGAAAGCGAUUAUUAAUAUGAAGAAUGAUGACAACGAAUGUUUUAGGUGGGCUGUGACCCGCGCACUGAACCCGAUCGAACGCAACUCCGAAAGGAUUACAAGGAUUCUUAGGAAACAGGCUGAGAAGCUAGACUGGGAAGGGAUAGAGUUUCCGACACCCCUAAACAAUAUCAAAAAGUUUGAAAAGAACAAUAACAUUCGUGUGAACGUGUUUGGGCUUCACGGAUGUCAUAAGGUAUGUCCCUUGCGAAUAUCCAGCAGUGCCGGUCCAGUAAAUAUCUUUUUGUGGAAGAACCACUAUAGUGUUAUCAAGGAUAUGUCAAGACUUGUAGGCUCACAGAUCAAUGGAAAAAAGAACAAAAAACAUAUUUGCAACCGCUGCCUCAACGCAUUCGGAUCGGCUGAACUUUUGAAAAGACAUCUGGAGUUAUGUUUGAACAACGACCACUGUAGGCAAGAGUAUCCAGAACCCGGCACAACCGCAAAGUUUAAAAACUAUGAAAGAGUACAAACCGUUCCGUUUGUCAUCUAUGCAGACUUCGAAUGUUACAUCGAAGGGAUGGACACGGUUGGGCAGAAUCCCAACAGAUCGAGUACUGCUCAAUACCAGAAACACAGCCCCAGCGGAUUCAGUUACUACGUUAAGUGUUUCGAUGACUCCGUCUAUAAGCCCAGGCUGGUACACCAUACACAACAAUACGUGGGGGAAGACGUUACCAAAAAGUUUGUGGAUAUGUUGGAAGAGGAGGUUCGUGAUAUAUACAACAGGUUUAAGUUUAAGGAACCUAUCAAGAUUUUUUUCGAAGACGUCAAAAAUUAUGAAAGGGCGACCGUCUGUUAUGCAUGCGGAAAGGAAUUCACUACAGAAGACCAUAAGGUUAGGGAUCAUUGUCACUAUACGGGAGCGUACAGGGGUGCGGCACAUAGUACUUGUAAUUUAAAAAUGAGGAGACCCAAAUUCAUUCCGGUACUUCUUCACAACCUCGAAGGAUACGAUGCUCAUCUAUUUAUCAGAAACCUUGGGGUAAGUAGUGAGGAUAUCAAGUGUAUUCCGAAAACGGAAGAGAAGUACAUUUCCUUUACUAAGGAGAUAGAGGUUGGUAAGUUUAUCGACGAAAACGGAAAGGAGAAGAAGGUUAUAAGAGAGCUGAGGUUUCUUGACUCGUUCAAAUUCAUGGCAAGCUCCCUGGACAAGCUCGUCAAUGGUUUGGGUAAGGACGACUUCAAAAUUUUGGAUUUGAUGAUGGGUAGUAGCACUAGGGAGUUACUUAAACAGAAGGGUGUUUACCCUUAUGAAUAUAUGGAUGGUUUUGAGAGGCUUGGAGAGACGUCGCUCCCACCGAAGGAGAGGUUCUUCAGCAAGCUUAACAACGAAAACAUAAGCGACACGGAUUAUGAAAGGGCCUGGAACGUAUGGAAUACCUUCAACAUGAAAACCAUGAGGAACUAUCACGAUCUGUACCUGGUAACGGACGUCCUCCUCCUGACAGAUGUGAUGGAAAAUUUUAGAAAGGUUUGUAAGACCAACUACGGAUUGGAUCCGAUGUGGUACUACACAGCACCCGGGCUGGCAUGGGACGCUGCGCUGAUAUUAACCGGUGUGGAGCUGGACCUCAUAUCCGAUCCGGAUAUGUAUCUGUUCACUGAAAAGGGUAUUCGGGCUGGUAUCAGCACUAUUACCAAAAGGUAUGCCAGGGCAGAUAAUAAGUACAUCAGACUUUCUAAGAACCUAACCUGGUUGGAAGGAUUUAAAAAGUGGGUGGGAGAAACGUUUUCCGAUCUAUCAUCCGUAAUCAUAUCAGUGCUUAGCAUGAUUAUUUCAACAAUUACCGGUAUGGAACUGGUAACCAGCCGUGACGACAAGGGGUGGUCCACAUACCUACCCUAUAUGGAUGCGAACAAUCUAUACGGGUGGGCAAUGAGUCAACCUCUACCCGUCAGAGACUUCAAAUGGACGAGUGACGAAGAGCUGGAGAAGUGGACAGACUACGGCUGCAUCCUCGAAGUGGACCUGGAAUACCCCGACGAACUACAUGACAAACAUAACGAAUACCCACUCGCACCCGAAAGGAUAGUGGUUAACGGAGUGGAAAAACUUAUUCCAAACCUCAACAAUAAGGAAAAGUACGUUGUCCACCACGAGACGUUAAAGCUGUACCUAAGUCAGGGGUUAAGGUUAACCAAGAUACACCGAGGGGUAAAAUUCGUUGAAGAGCCAUGGCUGGAGAAAUAUAUUCAGCUCAACACGGACCUGCGUACCAAAGGUACUACAGACUUUGAAAAGGACUUUUUUAAGCUUAUGAACAACUCGGUAUUCGGAAAGACGAUGGAAAAUGUUAGGAAUAGGGUCGACAUAAAACUUGUUAAUAACGAGAAGAAGUGGAACAAGUUGGCUCAAAGGCAUAACUACAAAUCUGCGACCAUCUUUUCCGAAAACCUAGUGGCAGUUCAUAUGAUGAAGACGUCCGUAAAACUGAAUAAGCCUAUAUACUUGGGGAUGAGCAUCCUCGACAUUAGUAAGAUCCUCAUGUACGACCUCCACUACAAUUACAUUAAACCAAAGUAUGGGGAUAAUGCCGAGCUCCUAUUCACUGACACGGAUUCCCUAUGCUACGAAAUUAAGACUGAGGAUUUCUUCAAGGAUAUAUCCGACGAUGUCCUCGAAAGAUUCGACACCAGCAAUCUGGGUAAAGAUCAUCCGUCCGGAAUCCAAACGGGUGUGAACAAGAAGGUUAUUGGAAUGAUGAAGCUGGAAACGGGUGCAAAACAGAUUGAAGAGUUUGUGGGAUUAAGGUCAAAGCUAUAUGCUUACAAAAUGGCGGAAGACGGUGGUGAGGAAAAGAAGUGUAAGGGAGUAAAGAAAGUAGUCAUCAAAAAAGAAAUAACAUUCGAAAAUUAUAAGGAAUGUUUCUUCAGCGGCGAGAAACAAUGGAGGGGAAUGAAUGUCUUCAGAAGUAGGUUACACGAAAUAUGUACUGAAAGGGUUGUCAAGGUAGCCCUGUCUGCAAAUGAUGACAAGAGGAUAAUUGUGGAGGAUGGAAUCCACACGCUAGCAAUCGGACACAAAAGCCUAAGACAGUAGAAGCCAAUUUUAAUAUUCGAGGGAACAUUAAAAUUUUAACGGGUCUACAGUAAUUUUGUGAUUACAAACCCGGACCCCAGUCCUAUUAUUCCGAUCGUGAUCUGCUGGUAUUCUUCCAUUUCGCUAGAUGGUUUGUAGUAAUCGUGGAUCGUCGGUUCCCUAUCCAGGGUUAAUUCCUCCUGCGCUUUCCGCAGGGAGUCAAGAGCACGGUUUGUCGUCUCCAUAUCCGAUUUGGCAUCAACUAGUUCCUGCCUGAGUAUUGCGAUUCUGUUCUUCUUUUCCACUUGGCUUUCGUACCAUUUUUUCUUAGCCUUGGCUAAUUUUUCCAGCGCUUUGUUGUGUCUUUUCAUUUCAACCUCGUACCCGCUGUGGUUUAACUUGCUGAACAGGUAUCCGGCUCCUGCGAAUGCUACGGCGUUGAAUAGUCCACCAACUACAACAUUUGUCAUCCUUUUAUUAUAAUGAUUUAUUUGAAUGGAUCGUCAGGUACCAGCUUUUUGAACUGUAGGUAGUGAACUCCGACCGCACCUACAUCAAGGGCUACGGCUAGUUUUAGAAUUCCUUCCGGAUUACUAGGUACUCCAAGACUGUAACCUGCAAGUUUUUUGCUUACUAUGGAUACAGCGACUGCUCCUAGCGUAAUAAGUCCGGCGUCGAAGGCUUCGUUCAUAAAGUCCUUUCUAUCUCCCAUGUUUUAUUAUAUGUACUCUUAUUUAUUUUUUCUUUUCCUGUAUUCAUUGUACAGGAAGUAAGUUAAUGCUAAGGCUAAAAUCCAAAGAUUCUUCGCCAGGAACGCAAUCCCCUUUGCUCCCCAUGAUAGAAUCUUAGCGACGAGAUUUAGUACGGAUGCCAGUACGGGUUCAACCUUUCCGGCUAGAUUUGCCAUUGCUUUUGCGAACUUGCUCGUUGCUCUCGCUCCCUUUUUUGCUACGCUUCUAACCCCCAUAAUAAUCGUGGUGAUGAUACCGGCCACAGAUAUUGCUACGGCUGAUAUUCCAGCAAUAUUUUCUUUUGCCCAUUUCCUGAAUCUUUCGAACCUCGUAAGAUCGUUUACUUCUACCACCUCUUCCACGAUGGACAUGGCUUUCGGUCCUUUUGGUCGUUCGUUUGAUCUUAACCUUACUUCGUCCGCUUUCAAUUCUGCCAUGUCUGCCAUUGCUUCAUACAGGAGAGCCUUCUGUUCACGUCCUGCAGUUCGUUCGGUCCUAGCCAGUUCUUUCCAAUGAUUUUUUUCUAUUUCAAGGUACUCAAUUUUUUGCUUACCCGAGUUUCCCUUUACGUUUAGGAUACCCCUCAGUUCCCUCAGUUCGUUUUCCGUUAUAACCGUACUAUUACCGAUGGCUUCGCUUUGACUGGACAGUUCGUCAUCCAUUCUUUCAACGAUAUUUUCCAGUACGUUAUCCACAAGUUCCUGAGGAGCAUCCAGGUUCUGUCGUUCGAGUUGUUCCUCCACCAAAGCUGCAGGUGUUUUCGAAUGCUCUAUUUUAGCUUUCCUAAUUAGUUCUUUGUAUUCGUUUACGACGGAUUCCUUGUUCUUGUCCGUGGAGUAUAUCAUUUUACCAUUUUUCGAGAUAAUGAUCUUAACAUCUCUGAAUGUAACACCGUUAAUUUUUGUUCCGGCCUUAUUUACGGUUAGUUUAAUUUUGUCAAAGAUGAUGGUGGAAAAUGGACCGUCACCCUUAUUGAUAUUUACUCCUUUGAGGAAAUCCUUUUUAUCCAGCGUAUAGGCCCGUUUCAUUACCCCAGCAUCCCGUCUGAUGUUCGGUGUGGAACCGCUGGGUCUUGAUCCAUCGACGUCCGGAUUGAAUCCGACGGGAAUUAAUAUACUUUCGUCCCGUCUUUCGUCGUUGUCAGUGAAACUUGUUUCUUCCUUCACCGUUCCAGCUUCUUCGGCUUCGCGUUAGUCGACGCGGUUUGUUUCUUCUAGUUCAAUGUCAGCCAUUUAUUUUAUAUCCUUAAUAUUUUCUUCUGGAAUCCAGGAAUUGUGCUUACUAUCGUAUCCUAACCACUUGACCAGUACCAUACCUUUCCUUCUUCUAAGAAUUUUCUCCACCCUAUACACAUCGUCCUUUUUGUCCACAGCGGAUAGUUCCUCUUCGUAAAACUUUCCGAUGAUCGGUUCAACGUCAUGACUUUCUGUUUCGUACAUGUUAGGAUCUCCUCUGAAUACCCCCACAACUUUGAAUAUCUCUUCCGUAAAGUUUGCUUCGUAACCCUUGGUAAAGAUAUUUUUAUACUUUGUUAUUCGAACCGUAUCAUCAACCCUAAACCUAGGUAAUGGAAAUUCCCCUAAUCCGUGACCGUAUAGCGUGAUCCAUACCUGGUCCUUGUUUGACUUGUUUACGUCUGCAGGCCUCAUUAGUAUACUGCUGUGUUUGGUAUGAUUGUAGUUAUUUGUAAGCUCGUCCAGAGCAUCGACCCAAUUGUAAGUUCUUUUGCUGUAGAAAUACUUCCACAUCAUUGUCUUCAAGGUCCUGUUAAAUCUUUCAACGAUAGCUGCCUUUCUGUCUGAGUUUGUGGAAAAAUAGCGGCCGUCGUGUUUUUGUAAUAGGUCUCUAACACCAACAUUGUAGAAUUCCUUUCCCUCGUCGAACUGAGCAACUUCCGGGUAUUUCCCAAACCUUUUUCUGAAUUCCUCCAGUAAUAAGUUCACAGCCUUCGUCAUAUUUUUCGUAUCCUUUCUGUAGACGGGAAUAGCAAAUCCGUAACGGCUCAGGAUCUCGACAGCUGUUAGUAUCCAGUAAUAUCCCUUGUUCUAAUUUUUGUAUUUUCCCAUAUCCACUAGAUCCAUCUGCACCUGGUCCGCUAGGUCCUUAACGAAUGUCCUCUGAAAUUUGUGUUUUCUAACGAUAGGCUUAUACCUUGUGUAGGUGUCUUGGGUCUUUAACCAAUCCCUUACUAUUUUCCGACUAACAUCCAGUCCCUCCUCCUUUGCCUUCCGGUAGAGCUUCCCCGCGGAUUGAUAGCCGGUACCCGGAUUGAAGUAAAUAUCCCUUAACCCUUGUUCGGUAACAAAGUGUUCGUCUUCCAUUUUAUUUAUAUGAUAUAAAAUUCGAGGAGUGCGGACAUAUCGACCUUAUCGUCGAUGUUCGUAUUGAUACUGAAGGAAAAUCUGUUGUGGGAACCGUUAUUAAUAUAAACCCUACUUCCAAUAUCCUUGAAAAACGUUGUUGUUCCGUUCAGGUGUUGGUCGGAUGUCACGGGUAACGUGCUCACCGUAAAACUUCCUUUACCGUUUACGUCAAUAUUUAGGGAUGUAUUAACAACAUCGCAGUCGACGGUAAUAUAUUUAAGACCGUGAUUAAUACCUAUAGGAUAGGGAGAUCUCUCCCACACUCCGGGGGUUAGGAUCUCUGUCUUUGGAAAUCCUAUUAGGGGAGCAAAUUCGUUUAAAUGCAGGUAUGCCCCGGUUGCCGGGUAGAUCCUACAGGUAUUGUUGUGUGUGUUACGUUCCACUUUUAUUCCGUCUGCCUUCAGUCUCUUCUUUAUUGCAUCGAAGGUCCAGUAACCAUCUUCGAAGGUAAUCUUCUUUUGUCCAUAGGUAAUAUUAUCGUUGACAUUCAAAC